UUUCCCCUUCUCUACAAUUCCACACAUUUCCAUUCAAAAAACUUGGACCUAAUUCAAGAUCUGUGUGCUCAAAUCUUUUUUUUCUUUUGUUCUAGUGUUGUAUGGCAGUUCAACUAUUGUCUCAUGACAUAUCAGACCUUUGUCUCGGGAAGCCGCCUCUAAGGCCUCUCCCUUCCACCUCUACCGUCGCCGCCUCGCUUUCGAUCUUUCGCCGUUGUUCAGGCGAACCUUCGCUAAGCGUUUGGUCAUCUGAUCCCUCUUCACCUGAACAACCUUCCAAAUGCAUUGGCAAAGUCACUAUUGUCGAUGUUUUGUGUUUCCUUUGUAGAGAAGAUAAUAUCUCUAAUCCUUCUAUUGCUCUAAAUUCUCCUGUUUCUCUCCUCCUUCCUUCUAAUGCUAAUGCUAAUGCUCCUCCUCUCGUCAAGCAAUUGGACCCCACUUCCAGCAUACUCGACGCAGUAGAUUGCAUCCUUGAAGGAGCUCAGAGCCUCAUAGUGCCUAGGAAGAGCCGUAAUGGUGGCACUCCAAGGCAAAAACCCUUUACAGGGCGCCAGUUUUGCUGGAUAACCCAAGAAGAUGUAAUUCGCUUCUUCUUUAAUUCUAUCAACCAUUUCUCACCCACCCCAUUCAACUCACUUCAAUCCCUCAACAUAAUUGAGGAGAAAUUCUCAUCUGUCAACUACAACGAUCCAGCCCUUUCUGCCCUCACAGCAAUCAGCAACUCUUACUCUGGUCAAACUUCUGUAGCAGUGGUAGACGACGAGGGUAGAUUGAUUGGUGAGAUAUCGCUACACACUCUUGCUUGUUGUGACGAAACUCUUGCUCCUGCUGUCGCAACACUUUCUGCCGGUGAUCUUAUGGCUUACAUUGAUUACGGAGGCCCACAAGAAGAACUUGCUCAGUUGGUAAAGGCAAGGUUAGAAGAGAGGAAAUUAGAUGGAAUGUUGGAACUCUUAGAAGAUAAUCACUCUAGCUCAUCAGUGUCCUCAUGUCUAAGUUCAUCACCAUCUUCGUCUUCUGAUGAUGAAGUUGCUGCCAAAGGGAUGCGCUCAAGAGCAAAUUCGACUAGGUUCGUAAGGGGAACGGAGCCCAUUGUUUCACAUCCAGGGAGUUCUCUAGUGGCAGUGAUGAUACAAGCAUUGUCGCAUCGCUUAAAUCAUGUAUGGGUGGUCGAAGAAGAUUAUAGAUUGGUCGGAAUUGUCACUUUUGCUGGCAUGUUAAAAGUACUCCGGGAUCGUGUCUCUUCGUUUUCCUGAUAUUAUGUACUUAAGCACCCAAAUUUUUUCAUUAUGAAUUAUCAAUCGUUAAUCACAGCAUAGAUGGCAAGAUUUUUAUUGUAUUGUUGUUAUUGCUUCAUUAAUAUUUGUGCGGAUUAUGUAUCAUAUAUAUUCAUAUGAUCUAUCUUAUGUUGAGAGGAACUUUAAUAUUU